AUGACACCAGCUGAACACCCUAUAUCCUAUGAAGCAAUCCCUGAAAAUGGGGUCCAAAAUACAGACCAAACGGAAAGACUGAAACCCGGACCGAGGCCAGGAGCAAGGAAUCAAAUACCAGCAACCUUUCGUGCUUCUGUGAAAAGAGUAAUUAAAACCCGAUCCCGCGAGGAAAAGCUUGCUGUACUUCAGUACUGGAAGCAUGGCCGAGUACAGGAUGAGAAUAGAGGAGAGGCGUUUCAACGUCCAGUAACUCUAAAAGAGGUCUCCGUUCGGUAUAAGGUGAGUUGGAUUUUUCUGGACUCAUACCCCACUAUCUCAGAGGACCAAAUUCCAAGGAAUCUCCCUGGUACAUGAGUGGUCUGGAACAACAGACUUAGCUUUGAUGUAAAUGAAAAUGUGGAACUUAGAGAGGUUCAUACAGGACAGCGAGAUAUCCAGUUUGGUAUGAUUUGGGAUAGCUGGGAGGCAUAUACUUGAUAACCAGUAUUGACUGAUAUGAAAUUAAUAACUAAUUCUGAUUAGAUUCCAGAGAGCACAAUCUCGGACAGGAGAAGAAAUGAGAAGACAAUUCUUCAUACCAGAUCACACGGUCGUUCUAGGCAGCAGAUUGGAAUCGACAUAUGCGAAUAUCCAGAAAUGGAAUGAACACUCUACAAUCGCUUCAGCAAACGCCGGGCUGAAGGCCUUAUAG